AUGGAUUGUCUAGUCAGCCCCGAGAGUAGUAUUCCCGACUUGUCCAAACCAAAUAAUUUCUCAACACCGAUCGACAAAUAUUCUUCAAACGUAGACAUAUUAUCCGAUGACCCGUUUGUCAAACGACAAAAAACACAUUUUAUUCUCGACGGUAUCUCUAAAGCCAAGGCAAGUUGGGCCGUCAAAAACUCAAAUAAACGUCCGGGUCCAUCGACGGGACAUACCCCUACAAUGCCCGUCAACCAAAAUCACGCCAAGGCCACUGAAAAGACCUUUUUACCCCCGAAACAGACCUCCGACAAGGAGGCCUCAACGAAAGAUGUCCCUGUUGGGAAAAGGGCCCGGCCUUAUUUCGAUGAGUAUUUCGGUCCCGAGAAGUUUGGUAGCUACGAAGAAAUAAUGGAUGCCCUUGAACAGCGGGUUAGUAGCUACAGCUUAGUAUAUGAACAUCCUUCUGUUCACAAACCUUUGAAGUGUAUACUGAAGAAAAAACGGGGUCGUAAACCUACCAAGGAGAAAAGUAAGAAGUCGAAACCGAGAGCUGAACCUAAAAAGGUCACGCGUAAAGAGGCAAAGAGAUUCCCUGAUAACGUUAAGAGCUUGAUAGUGACCGGCAUGCUUGAUGGGGUGGAGGUGAAAUAUGUUUCUUUUUCUUCGGGGGAGAAGCUUCGCGGGAUUAUUAAAGACUCCGGCUAUCAAUGUGGGUGCGAUUCUUGUAAUUAUUCUAAGACGAUCAACGCUUACGAGUUUGAGAGGCAUGCGAGUUGCAAGACUAGUCACCCGAACAACCACAUACGAUUUAAGAAUGGGAAAAGCAUCCACGAGAUAGUUCAGGUGCUAAAAAGCACUCCGGAUGACAUGUUAUGUGAUGCUAUACAAACCGUAACCGGCUCGCCUAUAAAUCAGAGUGCGUUUCUUGUUUGGAAAGAAUCGUUUGAAGCGGACAUUCGAAAGCGUAUUUGUGCAACGUUAUAG